UUUCUUUUUUUUCAGUUGCGUCUUGAAAAAUAAUCUUGAAAAUGGAUCGAAAGAAAAUCAGCUUGAAAGAAAAUGUGUACUCCAUUCGAGUGUCCAUUGAAUAAAAUAUCAAGUGGCGGAAAUUGCUUUCCAGUCAUAAAUAUCUAGGUAUAGAUAUUGUAACUGAACCGGAACAAAAUGGCCGGUUCGAGUAGCUCAGGAAAUGAAACCGAGCUAUUUUCUUCCAAUCGAACAUUUGACGGUUUUGACUACGGAUUGCUCGUUCCCGUGCCCAGUCAACCGACAGACACCUCUCAAGGAAAUGUGAUGCCUGUUUGGGUGCAAGUGGCGUGGAGCGCCGUGUUCCUUCUUAUGAUUCUCACUGCAACCGGGGGAAACUGCAUCGUCAUCUGGAUCGUCAUAGCGCAUCGAAGGAUGAGAACUGUGACCAAUUACUUCCUCGUUAACUUGAGCACGGCGGAUCUCCUCCUAACCACGUUCAAUUGCAUCUUCAACUUCAUUUAUAUGCUACAGAGGAAUUGGCCGUUUGGACACUGGUAUUGUACAGUGAGUAACUUUAUUGCGAAUGCAACUGUAGCAGCAAGCGUGUUCACCCUAACUGGGAUAUCUUGCGAUAGAUAUUUGGCGAUAGUCCAUCCGUUGCAUCCUCGAAUGUCAAAAGCAUCAUCCCUCUUCACCAUCACCUUCAUCUGGACGGCAAGUAUGCUUUUGGCUCUUCCUUGCCUACUCUACUCGAAGAUUGUAUUUUAUGGGACGAAAGACAAACAGAGAGCUGGGUGCAUCCUAAUAUGGCCAGAUGAGAAGUUGUAUGGCUCAGCAUACGAUUUAUGGUACCAAAUGCUGUUCCUCCUCACAACGUACAUAGUCCCUAUCCUCCUGAUGACACUGUCCUACGCAGUGAUGGGAACUGUUCUCUGGGGAUCCAGAUCCAUCGGCGAAAAAACGCAAAGACAAGUAGACUCGAUAAAGUCGAAGCGAAAGGUUGUGAAAAUGUUCAUUUUGGUGGUGCUGAUUUUUGGAAUCUGUUGGUUACCAUAUCACAGCUAUUUUAUCUACAUCUAUUUUGAUACGAAAAUACUCUUCAGCAGAUACACCCAGCAUGUAUAUUUAGGAUUCUACUGGUUCGCCAUGUCGAACGCAAUGGUUAACCCCCUGAUAUAUUAUUGGAUGAAUGCAAGAUUCCGGAAGUACUUCAAGGCAGCAAUUUUUGGAUGGAUCAGGUACAUUCAAAACAGACGUGACAGCGAUGAAACUCCUCCCAACGACGAAAACCGCUCUCACUCAUAUUCCAGAUCAGGUGCAGAGGGAACAAUUAGAGUUCGCUUAAGUCGCCGUGAGAGGAACUAUCACUAUCAAAAUGGAAGUGCUCUCCAAAUCACUAGAGCUAAUUUGAACGGAGACAGUGAAAGCAUAAAGAGCCGCAGAUGGUCCACUCGAUCCAGAUCUUGGAAGAAACAAAUGACGACGGAUUUGUAACGUCUCCUGAUCGACGAUCCCGGUGCGAAUGAUGAAGAAAUCGAAAUUUUUGUGAUAUCUUCACUAGUCUAGGAACCCAAGAGACUAUACAAAACAAUUAUAUUUUUACUCGUUGAAUGAACUGAUAAUUAUGUUAUAAAUAAAUGUGAUUUGAAAAAA